CUCCCUCUGUACUAAGCCGACGCCUCCUUCAAUGUGCUAUACAUUCUUGGUCACAAAUGCGUUUUUUACGCACGGAGACAUCAUGGGUUUCCGUUCGUCUCGGCGCGCUCUCUUGACCUCGCUCUGCCUCGUUUUAAACUGCUGGAGCGGAGCGUCGACCUUCGAGCUGACAAUACUCCACACCAAUGACAACCAUGCGCGAAUCGAGGAGACCGGCAAGGACUCGGGAAAGUGUCGACCCGAGCGUCCCUGCUUCGCUGGUGUGGCCAGGAGGUUCACGAAAGUGACCGAGAUCAGAACAAAAGAGACGAACGUGGUGUUUCUGGAUGCUGGAGACCAAUUCCAAGGGACACUCUGGUUCAACUACUAUAAAGGCGCUGAAGCCGCACACUUUAUGAACAAACUUUGUUAUGAUGUUAUGGCUUUUGGAAAUCACGAGUUUGACAAUGGAGUGGAGGGUCUCAUUCACCCCUUCCUCCAAAAUAUAAAUUUCUCUGUGGUCAGUGCAAACAUUAAACCCGACUACACCCUGGCAGAGCUUCAUAAAUACUACAGUCCCUACAAAGUUAUCAGUGUGGGCUCAGAGAAAGUGGCUGUGGUUGGCUAUACCUCAGCAGAGACGCCCUUCUUAUCCAUGCCAGGCAAACAUCUCAAGUUCGAAGAUGAGGUGGAGUCACUUCAAGCUCAAGUAAAUAAGCUGGAAAGUCUGGGCUAUAAUAAAAUCAUUGCCCUGGGACACUCUGGUUUUGUUGUGGAUCAAGACAUCGCAAGACGCGUGAGAGGGGUGGACGUUGUUGUUGGAGGGCAUACCAACACGUUCCUCUACACAGGAACGCCCCCAUCUUCCGAAGUGCCAGCUGGCCCAUAUCCUUUUAUAGUAAAAUCCAGCCAUGGAAGAGAUGUGCCAGUGGUCCAGGCUUACGCCUUUGGGAAAUAUCUUGGACACUUAAAAGUCACCUUUGAUGAUGCUGGCAAUGUCAUCAAAGCCGUUGGAAAUCCCAUCCUAAUGGACAGCAGCAUACCUCAAGAUGCAGAGAUCCUUGCUGAUGUUAAUAAGUGGAAAACAGACUUGGCUCAAUACUCGACUAAGUAUGUGGGCCAAACCUUAGUCUACCUCAACGGGUCAUUUGAAGAGUGCCGAUUUCGGGAGUGUAACCUGGGAAACCUAAUCUGUGAUGCCAUGGUGUAUCACAAUAUGAGGCAUUCAACUGGGGAGCAGUGGAAUCAUGUAAGCCUGUGUAUGCUGAAUAGUGGGGGCAUACGGACAGCGAUAGACGAACGCUACAGAAAUGGCUCCAUAACAAUGGAGGAGAUCCUCACCGUGUUACCAUUUGGAGGAACCUGCGACUUGGUCCAAAUAAAAGGCUCAACAAUAAAAAAGGCAUUUGAACACUCUGUUCACAGAUAUGGAAGCAAGACUGGAGAAUUUCUUCAGGUGGCAGGUAUUCAUGUGGAGUACGACCUCUCUAAGCCAGUGAACCAGCGUGUAGCAUCGCUGUCAUUGCUCUGCACAGAGUGCCGAGUGCCCAAGUAUGAACCAUUAGACCCACAGAAGACCUACACCGUGGUCAUGCCUUCAUACAUGGUGGGCGGAGGCGAUAACUUUACAAUGAUUAAGAGGGAGUUACUGAAACAUAAUUCAGGUGACUUGGACAUUACCGUUUUUUCCAAGUACAUCUCCGACAUGAAGCGCGUGUUCCCUGCAGUAGAAGGCCGCAUCACUUUCAGGAACUCUGCUGUCAUUGCUUCAUACAGUAUUGGCUUGUUGCUGCUGAGUCUGUGUCUGUCUGUGACACUUUGAUUGGCUUUUUACACUCUGGCAAACUGUGAUAAAUUGAAAAGCUCCAGGACUUGGUUAACUGUCUUUUCGGCUCGCUGCCCUCAAAGCUAACUAGAAGACAACAGGAUUACAGGUUCAGCCUCGGGGUAGCCAGCAUCCAGGCAGAAACUUAUUAUAACCCACAACGAUUCAGCAAUCCCCCAAAAAAGCAUGAGCGACAGUCUUGUUUACUAAAACCGACACACAAAUGUAACAAAAGGAACAACCUAAAUAUAAGAAGCAAAGUCAUAUUGAAUGAUAGAGCUUACUGACUGAAAGAUGAGGGAGUGUAUGAAGCUUGGUCCAUUUUCUGAAUGAGAAUAUUUUACAAAAUAACAGUGGAUAGUAAAAAGCACACGAAGCAACAACUAUUCCAAAUGAUUUUCUUUAAUUACCCUUCCCUUUAAUUACCAUUCGUCAAAUGCCUCAAAAACUGUGGUCGGGCAGAAUGCAUGAAUGAUGUUUUCAUCAGGUUACAAACAUGAACGCAUUACUGUGUAGAAACUGUGAGGACUUGUAAACAAGCCAGUGAUUUGUUGUCAUGAGGACCUGUUUGAUCUGCAUAUAUGCAAAGCUGAAAGAUUCAUCUGCACUGAGUUCAUGAAUUUGUCAGUACAUCUAUGCUUUUACUUAAAAUUCACAUUUAUAAAAGUGCUUUUUUAAAAUUCUAAGGAUGUUUCUCCUACUUUUAUUUUUACACAUUAAAAAUACCAAAAGAAAAUUAUUAUUCAUUGUGUAUUCUGUUCAUCUUGUAGUAAUUCCAACAUAAACUUAAUUUUAGUGGGCAAAUGAUUGUGCUCUUUAAUGAAAUAUUAGUAUAGUGAUAUGUAUUUGCUUGUUAUGAUUACUCCUUUAUUAGCAGUCAGCUAUUAAGCUUGUAAUAUUUUACAUUUCUCUCAAUCCAAUGCCAUCUUCAAACUGACUGAUUAGACAUAAACCCAGCCUCAGGUUA